CUGAAUUCCAAUCCGAUUUUCGUCACCGUCAAUUGGUCCGGUUGCGGCGGAGGAGACGGGGUGUUUUCAAUCUCGGUAACGGACAAACUCCCUUCUGCUUCUAAUUUGCCGGGUCGCCAUUUUCGAAAACCGAAAGGGAGCAAAGAAUUCGAAGCCUGCGGUUGCAGAAUCGAGCUGCUCUGGAACCUCUCCCCUGCUUUCUACGAUGCAGGGCCCGAACCGGUUAGUGGGUUCUACAUCGUCGUAUUGAUUGAUUCGGAACCCGGGUUGUUCCUCGGAGACGUCGAGGAGAUCGAGGACGAGGAAGGCGAGGAUGGGUUCCGGCGAGGAGGGGUAGACAGGGAGAAGAUUCUCCUGGCGGCGGAGCUCUCCCCUGUUUCCCGGAUUGAUAAAUUCGUCUCCGGCGGGUCGGGUCGCGGUUCGUAUUCGACUCGGGCGCAAUUCAGCAGGGUGGGGGAAAUGCACGACGUGAUGAUCAAUUUUCGGGACUGGGGGUGA